UCCGCGGUCACAAAAACAACAUAAAAAACGCCUACAAUUUGUUAAACAAAAUAAACAAUUUAUCAUAAUUAUGCUGUCCCAAUAUAUGGAAGAGUUUGAGCAGGAGCCCUUUGAGGUGGGCGAAUUCAUUGAACGACUGACCUGGCGCACCAACAAUGAGCUGCAGAACAGCGAAGACUUCAGCCCAGUGGCCCUGCACGACACGUUCAUACAGACGAUCAAGGAUCUGAAAAUCCUGCAGGAGAAGCAGCAGGCCAAGUGCGAGAGGCUCGAGGAGUCACUGCGCCAGGAGAAGGAGUCGCAUGCUAAGAAAAUCUCCAAGUUGCAGGAGCGACAUCAAACGGCCAUCGAUUGGUUUGGCCAGCUGGAUGAGAAAAUCAACUCGGUGGCCGGCAAGAUCAUGCAUCUUGGUGAGCAGCUGGAGAAUGUAAACACACCGCGCAGUCGCUCCGUGGAGGCGCAAAAGUUGUUAAACUUUAUGGCCGAAUUUCUGGCCGCCGGCCCUAUGAUUGUAAAUGAUAUCUUUACGGAUGCAGCACGGCUGAGCGAGGCGGCGGAUGUGAUACAGAAGCUGUAUGCCAUCUCGCAGGAUCUGCCGCCGGGCAAAUUUGCCGAAUCCAAGCGGAAGAUUGAAAAGAAAUACGACGAGGUAGAACGGCGGCUGAUCGAGGAGUUUGCGACUGCCCAGAAGAGCGAGGAUAUUGAGCGCAUGAAGGCACUGGCGCAGAUACUCUCCCAAUUCAAGGGCUAUGCACAGUGCGUGGACGCGUACAUCGAACAGAGCCAGAUGCAGCCGUACAGUGGCAAGGAUAUAUUCAUUGGGAUUGUGCCGCUGUGCAAGCACCACUAUGAAAUCAUCAAGAAGGUGUUUGCCAACCCACAGCAGGUCAUGUCCAAGUUCAUACUGAACAUCUAUCAGCUGAAGUUGCACCAGUAUGCCAUGACCAAGCUGGAGGACAAAAAGGAUGAGGAGAAGUACCUGCGCACCCUCUACGAACUGUAUUCACGCACUUUGAAACUCUCCACCGAUUUGCAAAUCUACAUGUCCACCAUCGAUGAUGAUCUGCUGCAGAAGCUAACGCAACAGAUUUUCAUGAAGCACCUGGCCGGUUAUGCCGAAAUGGAAACCAAGUGCCUGACGGCCAAAUGCUCGUCGGAGCUGGAGAAAUUCUAUGCCAGCAAGAAGCAUCAGAAGACGCAGACCACCAAGGGUUUUCGUCGCAACAUGGAGGUGCUGAUAGCCACGCGGGCAAACAUCAACAUAGCAGCCAUCGAGGACUACGGCGGCGAGACGUUCCUGUCCGAGGAGCUGGCCAUCAAUAUGCUGCAGGAGGCCAAGGCCGCCCUGAAGCGCUGUCGCCUGCUCUCCAGCGAGGCCGAGCUGCCCGCCAAUGCCGUCAAACUGAAUGACAUUCUGUUGCGCUUUCUGAUGCACGAACAUGUGGACUAUGCCCUGGAACUGGGCCUGCAGGCAGUGCCGUUAGCCGAGGGCAAGGUAUUCCCGCAGCUCUAUUUCUUUGAUGUGGUGCAAAAGACAAACAUAAUUGUCCAUCUGCUGGACAAGUUGUGCCACACCUCAGUGAUACCCUGUGUGAGCAACACGGCCAAGUACUCGGACUAUGUGUUCAAGAAGCGCAUACUGAUGGAGCAGAUCGAGACGAAGCUGGACCAAGGCCUGGAUCGUUCUAUUAGCGCUGUCAUUGGCUGGGUCAAGGUCUACCUGCAGUACGAGCAAAAGAAAACUGACUACAAGCCAGAGACUGAUGUGGAUACCAUAUCCUCAGCUGCCUGUCUGCAAGUGGUGCAAAGCCUUCAGCCUGUAAUUGUGCAGAUCAAAAAGUGUGUGGACGGUGAAAACUUGCAGAAUGUUCUCACAGAAUUUGGCACUCGGCUGCACCGGGUUAUUUAUGAUCAUCUGCAGACGAUGCAAUUCAAUACGGCCGGUGCCAUGUGCGCCAUUUGCGAUGUAAACGAGUAUCGGAAGUGCAUUCGGGAGCUGGACAGCGCUCUGGUGACGCAGCUUUUCGACAUACUGCAUGCCCUGUGCAAUCUGCUGCUGGUGAAGCCACAGAACCUUCAAGAGGUCUGCACCGGCGAUACUUUGAACUAUCUGGACAAGUCUGUGGUGAGGCAAUUCAUUCAGCUGCGCACUGAUUUUCGGAUCAUCAAGAACACCAACUAUCUGAAGGGUAUCAUUGAGUGAGAGAGCAGAGCGAGACCCCGCCCAUGAGUCACAUUCCGAAAUUUUCCACCUAGAGCGGUGCUUCUGUGAACUGAAUGGAUUGAUAUAUUGAUUGGGGAAGGCGGAGAACAUUCAUUAUCUAAUAAUAUUUAAUUAUAGUACACUUUUGGUUCUUUAACUUUCAAUUAAACUCGAGUGGCUGGCUGCUGGUUCUUUACUUUUA